AUCUCAUCUCUAGUUGAUUAUUAGUUGGUGCCGCACGCGUGCCAUUCAAGUCGAAAGAAAUUGGUUAAAAGUUAAACUGAAAAUACCGUCGUUCAGUGUAUUUAUAUUUUAUAAAAGUUCGAACCGAAAUCCGCCAAAUUCGAGUGUUGCGUGUGGCCAGCAAACACAGUGGCAGGAAAACAGUAGUCGCCAGCCAGAUAACACUAACAUAAACAUCUGUUUUACGAAUUAACACACGAAUACUAAAUGUCGAACGGCGGUGCCAUGCCGAAGGAUCCAAACAGUAAAUAUGAUCUGACCAAAAUAUCCGCGCGUGUGGAUAAGGUGAAUGUGAGCGGCUUGCUGCGCACCCACGAUGACUAUGUGAUGCGGGCAGCCGAUGGGCUGUUCAAGGCGAACAACUUUCAGCAGAUGAUGCUGGAGGCAAUGGCAGCCAAAUCGUAUCUGCACGAGCUGGGCAUCUUUAAGGAUGUGAGCGUGCAUAUUGACAUUAGUCGCGGUGCGGAUGCCACACCUCAGGGGUAUGAGGUGACGCUUAAGGGCAAGGAAUUCACACGCAUCAUGGGCUCAGCUGGCACGGAAAUUGGCCAAAACGAGGGCUCGCUACGCACCGAGCUGACCAUACCGAAUAUAUUGGGUCGUGGAGAGAGCAUAUCGCUGCAAGGCAGCUACAGCAGUACAAGAGCAAACGAUCUGCAGCUUAAGUUCUGGAAACCCUUCUUUCACACGCGUUUCCGGGAGAAUCGACCUGAAGUCUCGUUCAGCGUAUUCCGGCAAACAGAUCGGUAUGACAUCAGUUCGUUUCAGACAACCAAUUUGGGCUACUUACUGGACUUCAGCGUACACACAAUGCUGGGUGUUGAUCUCACACACUCGCUGCAGUAUGAGAACUCCAUCAGGGACCUGGGCUUGUUGAACAAAUCGGUGCCGUUCGGCAUACGCGAUCACAGUGGACCCAAAUUGGCAUCUCUGCUGCGAUAUUCGCUAAUCUUUGACAAUCGGGAUGCCAGCGUAUUCCCAACGCGCGGCAUUCUGCUGAAGAGUGUGAACGAGUAUUGCGGCUUGGGUGGCAACAUUGCGUACACCAGCAGCACGGCGCAUGGGGAGAUGAAUGUGCCACUGUUUGCGGGCUUGGUGGCCCAGUUCUGUGGACGGGUUGGCGUCAUGAAAGAGACCAAGAAGACCACAGUGCUGCCCAUUAACAAUCUAUUUUAUUGCGGUGGUCCGCUGACAUUGCGCGGCUUCAAGUACGGCAGCGCUGGACCAGUUAUCGAUGGCACGCCCAUUGGUGCGCAAACAUUUUGGUGCACGGGCGCACAUUUGUGGACACCGCUGCCAUUUGCCGGCGUCUUCAAGGGCCUGGCUAGUCAUUUCCGUAUGCAUUUGUUUUACAAUAUGGGCAAUAGCAAUUCCUUUUCAAUGGAAAACAUGCGCAGCGCCUAUGGCAUUGGGCUAGCGGUCAAGCUGGCAGAGCGCGCUCGCAUCGAACUGAACUACUGUAUCCCAGUGCGCAAGCAGGCCACUGACAAGGCCGUGAAUGGUUUCCAGUUUGGCAUUGGCUACGAGUUCGUUUAGAUCGAGAAGCCUUGUUGCGACUGUACUUAGCUUUAGAAGCCCGAGAGUCCCCCACACAAACGUGCACUACAAUGCUGCCGAACGAUAGUCACUUUUGAACUCUACUAUUUUGUUGUAUUUCGUUGUCAAUGCAUUUUUCAUCCUAAAAUUUAUUUGUAAACCAGAACUCUAAUUAAGUGUAGCUUA